AUGCAAAUCACGGGGCGCGGCCAUGCAAAUGAGGCGCGCUACCCAGCGUGCCCCGCGGCGCGGCGGAGGAGGCCGCUCGGGGCCAUGGCGGCGGCGGCGCUGAGGGGGCCCCGCUGGGCCCCGCUGGCCCUGGCGGCUCCCGGGGCUCCCCCGCCGCUCCCGGGGCUCCUCCCGGGGCUCCUCCGGAGGCUCCCGGGGCCACCCGGCCGGGCCAUGGCCGGGCACAACCGCUGGUCCAAGGUGCGCAACGUGAAGGGCCCGCGGGACGCGGAGCGGAGCCGCCUCUUCCAGCGCCUGGCGCAGAUGCUGAGGGCGGCCGCCAGAGAGGGGGGCCCGGACCCGGCGCUGAACGCGGCUCUGGCCGCGGCCGUCCAGCAGUGCCGUGCCCGGAACAUGCCCAAGGCGUCCAUCGAGGCCGCCCUGCGGCGGGCACAGGAAGGCGCCGGGGGCUCGCGGCUGCUGCUGGGGGCGCGCGGCCCGGGGGGCUCGGAGCUGCUGCUGGACGUGGUGACCGGGGAGCCGCGGCGGGUGCCAGCGCCAGCUCGGCCAGCUGCUGGGCCAGUGCGGCGGGGUGGGGACAGUGCUGGGCCACUGCUGGGCCAGUGCGGGGGCUCUCUGGCCGAGGGUGUCCGGCACAGCUUUGAGGCCGUGGGCGUGGUGCGAGUGGCCGGCCAGGACGGGCGUGGCCGGGCCGUGUCCAUGGAGGUGGCCCUGGAGCUGGCGCUGGCGGCCGGAGCCCGGGACGUGGUGGCCGAGGACGAGGCCGAGCUGAAGUUCCUGUGUGACCCCUCGUCCCUGCCGAGCGUCCGGCAGCACCUGGAGGCCGCAGGGCUCCGGCCGCUCUCGGCCGCCAUCGAGUUCGUGCCGCGGGCGCUGCUGGCGCUGCCCGAGGGGCCGCGGGCUCAGGCCGAGCGGCUACUGCAGGCCCUGGGCGACUGCCCAGACGUCGUCCGGCUCUACCACAACAUCCAGGAGGCGCCGGAGGGGGCCGAGGGUCAGUCCUCUCCGGCCACGGGUCACUCCCCUGACGGUCAAUAAAGCCUCGGUUGGACGCGUCCCCGCCUGGCUCGGC